CUAACUGCAUCAGUUUCGUUUUCUCUGGUCUUGCAAGUCAUUGUCUGCUCUGUAAAUGUUUUUUUGUCUUUUUUGCACGGCAAUUAAAUAAAUACUACGGUACUAUUCUUGCUGAGUCUACUCUCCCAUUGUAGCACAGAUCCUUGUUAUUGUUAAUGAGCGCGGAAACACAGCCUCUAAUGACAGCGAAUUCGUGUGAAAUAAACGACGUCGCCGCACAGAUCAUGGCCGGUGAUAAAAUGGAAGUUCAACCUGGAAUUUCAAGGUUUCCUGCUUGUAUCGUAUGGACUCCAAUUCCUAUGCUGACAUGGCUGUUCCCAUUCAUUGGACACAUGGGCAUUGCUUUAACGUCAGGAGUGAUAAGAGACUUCGCUGGGCCCUAUUAUGUUUCUGAAGAUGAUAUGGCGUUUGGGCAACCAACCAAAUACUGGCAACUGUCAUUGAGCAAAGUGAAGAAAAUUCCGUGGGAUCAGGCCGUAACAGAAGCAUCUGACGAAUAUAAAAAACGAAUGCAUAAUCUAUGUUGUGACAACUGUCAUUCUCAUGCUGCAAUGGCUUUAAAUCUGAUGAAUUAUGAAGGCUCUACUUCUUGGAAUAUGGUCACACUAUGUUUCCUUAUGUUAAUUCAUGGAAAAUACGUCAACUUCUGUGGAUUUCUGAAGACCUGGCUUCCCUUCCUGAUAAUGGUUGCGAUUGUUGUCACAAUUGUACUUUUGACAAGAUAAUGGAUGAUUGAUUGGACAUGAUUAUGAUGUAACAAUUUUGUACAAAUAAUGCAUAUAUUUAUAUAUAUAUAUAUAACGUUAACUGAGCUUGAAGUCCAAGAAAUUCAGUAUUUGUGAUCGAACAAAAAUACCAAAACUGGGGAUGCUGCUCGAUUGCCCAGUGAUUGGAGAUUUGACGUCCUAUUGGAUAUUACACAUUGGACGAUACAAGGGAUUGUUACUAAACAAUUGUUCUGUCCCAUUGGUUCUCAAACAGUGGGCCGCCUCAGAGGAGGAGGAGGAAAAUUUUUUUAGGGGGCGUGAUCAUGCUCGCUUUAUUUUGAAUAUUUACGUCCCACCCAUGUAUUUUCAACAUGUUUUGAAUAAAAAAAUACUUUCGCCGGUACUCCUGUAGUAUGUGAACCAAGAUGGUGGACACCGAAACGUAGUGUGUGUACCG